AUGUCUAACCAAUUUGAUCAGAAUCAAGGGCAAACUUGGGCGCAAUUCGGCCAGUUACUGGUAGCUGCCGGGCUCUCAGCCACAAUCGGCACCGAACGAGAAUUGCAGCAUAAGAGCGCUGGGUUGCGUACUAACACCCUUGUUGGGAUAGGCGCCGCUCUGUUUAUGUUGAUAUCGAAAUUUGGCACCCUUGAUGUCCUGAAUCGUUAUUUGGUUGUACUGGACCCAUCGCGGAUUGCGGCACAGAUUGUGUCUGGAAUCGGGUUCAUCGGUGGUGGGAUCAUCUUUAAGCAACGGAACGAGAUCCGGGGCCUUACCACAGCAGCCGCAGUCUGGUUGAGUGCAGCAGUGGGAGCUGCAUGCGGUGCCGGACUCCUCAGGCUAGCGUCCGUCUCUACUCUACUAUAUUUUGUUACGGUUAUUAUCUAUCCGACAUUCUGGCAUUUUGUGCAACGACGCUUCACUCUACGAACUCCCAUGGAAAUUUCUGCGGUGGUCCGUUACAGGGCCAGAGCCAACGGCCUACAAGCUCUUCUGCAAACCCUAAUGGGAAUUGACUUCCAUGUGCGAUCAGUGACACGUUUAGAAGAGGUGGUGACAGAUCAGGCGGGAAGUCCUUCAUCAACCGCAGAGGAUCAACAACGAUCUGUGUCGAGCCGGGGAAGGACACAAAUGGGAUCUCGAAGAGAUGUUGGAAAGCAAAGCCGAAUCUUUGAUGUCCACCUCACAGUAGAUGGCCUCAGGACGGCAAAUGACUUAAUACAUGCUCUUUCCCAAUUGGACUGUGUCAUUUCGAUCUCUAUUGGCGAUGACCCGAUUGCGGGUGCGGGGGUGGAUCCGCUGUGGACCUUCCCGUGGGCGGAAGAAUACCACCAUGAGUUUGUCAGAAUGCACCACGUCAGAGACGCGGGUUCGGUUACGCCGGAACCCUUGGGCUCUAGGUGGCACAUCUUACAUAUACCUGCAAAUUUCUGUCCCCGAACCUCUCCUCCAACCUCCCAUCGCAGGUUCAAGAUGAAAGUCAUCAUCACUGGCGCCACUGGCUUUGUGGGUAGCGCGGUAGUGCGCCAAUGCAUUAACAAUCCCGCCAUCACGAGCGUUUUGAUUCUAUCGCGGAAGCCUCUAGCAACAGACAUCUCUGACAAUCCGAAAAUAACUGUUAUCAUUCACGAAGAUUUGGGAAGCUAUCCAGCAGAGCUCUUAGCACGGCUUAGCGGUGCGGAAGGCUGUAUAUGGACGGUCGGAGGACCAGCUUUCCGUUUCCCUGACAUAGAAACGUGUCAAAAGGUACACGACUUCGCACUUACUGCUGCAAAUGCCUUUGCGAGUACCUUAGCCCCAGCACUCAACGGGAAGAAGUUCAAGUUUGUCUUUUGUAGCGGAAUUUGGGCGGAAUGGGAUCAGAAGAAGCCCUUGUGGUUCAUGACGGACACUAGAAGGAUUAAGGGUUACAUCGAGAAGCACUUGUCUGAGAUUGCAGAAAAGGAAAGGGACGUAUUCGCGGUCUCUAGCGUCCGGCCAAGCGUGAUCAUAUCCUCCAAAUCCAAUAUACUGAUGAAGCUGUGUGGAGCGGCAUUUUCCUGGAUUGAAGACGACCAAGUUGCAAAGGCUAUGAUCAAGGAAGUUCUGGACGAAAGUUCUGGGAAAAUCAUCGAAAAUAACCAAUUGCUGAGGAUGUAA